UCGUCUACAAAAAUAAACACACUAGACUAGCACACGAUACAUCUCGAAUAAAGAAGUAAGAGGACCACACUUUUUUUUUAAUUCGGUGUAUCCUUUCAUAUAUAGGAGGUUUCUUUCACUUCUCCUGUGAUACUAUGAUUGGCCAAGACCUUACCCUUCAAUCACGAAUCACAAUGAAACAUCUAUACAAGACCUAGUGCAUAACUUUUGUUUCCUAGUUCUUCAUUCACAAUUAUUGCACCAUUUCAUGUUUCCAACAAAUGACAAAAUGUGAUUGAGUCAUCCACGGCUAAGAUUCUCUAUUGGUAGUUUCUUUGCUAUAUAUUGAUGUCUAGUGAGAAAGUGGGAGAUAGAGUUGUUUUCAUGUUGGGAAUUAUUGAGAAAGUUUUAACACUUUAAAGGGUGAUUUCUAACAUUCAAGAAAAACUAACUUCUCUAAGUUGAACUGCAAUGCUAUACUGCAGAUAUAACAGUUAAACCAAACAUGUCGUUUUUCCAGUCGUUCGUUUGUUCACCUUGCAACCGCUGUUUUAUAUCUAGAGACAUGAUGCAGAGGAAAGGGCAAAGAAAUCGAGCAACAGUGAGACUUACAGCAUCGGUAAUCCAUCAUGGUAGAGCUAUCAGUGAUCCGACCAACGUCGUAGGGAUACUUGGUGGUGAUUCCAGUCUGAUUUUUGCAAAGAAACUCAUCGAUCACAAAAGAGAGAUGCCGUUUGUCCUCUGCAUGGAACCAGCGCUGAUCAACCAGCUAUUAUCGCUUCAAAAAGGUUCGUUACGUUGCCUUUCUGGUGAACAAGAAGAAGUAUGUAUUGACGACCACUGGUUGAUAGUUGAGAAGUUGAGGCGUAAACGAGUGAUUCUUGAAAAUUGUGGAGUUUGCUGCAUUGUGAUGCCCUGUCAUUUACUGCAAUGCUGGCACGAUGAAAUCAAAGAGGGAUGCUCCGUACCUUUUAUUCAUAUGGGUGAAUCUGUAGCUGAGGAGCUGAAGGAGGCAAAGCUGAGGCCGAUUGAAGCUGGCAGCGCUCUCACCAUCGGUCUUCUUGCCACCAACACUUUGUUGGUGACUAGGAUGUAUCAGCAGAAACUUGAAAACGAGGGUUUUGAGGUUUUAAUACCGGAUACAAACACCUUGAAACAUAUAGUGAUACCUGCGGUUCAAGCGUUGAGCCAAAAAGACUUUGUAGGAGCAACGAAUUUGCUUAGAAUCUCUCUUCAUAUUCUGCUGGUAAGAGCUGUGAACAGAGUGGUUCUUGCUUCGGAUGAGUUUCGCGAACUUUUGCCUUCGGAUGAUCCCUUGUGGAGAAAAUGCAUAGAUCCAAUGGACGCGUUGGCCCGCUCGACUGUUAAGUAUGCCCAAUCUGUAGAAAGAAGUAAAUAGAGAAAGCUAGCAAGUUCAUGUGAAUGUCAAAUCGUCAAUAUAUAUUUCUGAAUGUAACAUUUAUUAAAAUUAUCCGUACAUGUAAGCUGUAAAUCUA